CCCAUGUCGUUUCACGCUGGCGGGGAGAAGGAAAAGGAGGCGGAGCAGGACAAUGCUCCUUCUACCGCUGCAGAAGAGGUUGUUGCUGCACCGGUGGCUUGUCCGUGGAAUCUGAGGAAACGAAGUGCUGCGUGUCAAGCUCCAUUGGAGAACGGAAGGAACAAGUACCAUUGCUCAUCACUUUCUAAUCCGCCAUUGGGUAAAUCCGUUAUGCGAAAAUCCGCGGUCGGCGAAAAUGGUCGGCGGAAGAAGUUUUCUAUUUCGUUAUUUCGAGCGGAGAUCGAGGAGGACUUUUUGGUGUUCAAGGGGACGAAGCCCAGUCGAAGACCUAAAAAGAGAUCCAAGGCCAUCCAGAGGCAACUCGAUGACUUAUUUCCUGGCGUAUGGUUGUCCAAGAUUAAUGCAAACAUGUAUAAAGUAGAUUAA